AUGGGCGGGAUCGGCGAGGAGGACUGGCUGGCGGUUGGCGUGGAUUUGGCGGGGAGGACGGAGGGAAGGAGGGGAGAGGCAGGUGAGGGCGAGGUGUCUCCGCGAGGAGGCGACGUGGCGAGUCUGGCGUCCGAUCAGGAGCAGGUGGGCGUUCCGCCGGAGGACCUGCCGAGGCAGCAGCUGCUCUUCAUGACCUACGGGAGCAGCAGACAGGCCAAAUGGGUGGGGGAGUGGUGCGCCAAGGAGAGCCAGGCCGCCAACGCCGACCGCCGGGCGGAGAGCGGCGCCCUCACUUCUCCCGCCGCACCCUCCAACCUCCGGGCGGCCACGAUGCGAGUCGUCCAGGCGCCCGCCUGCCUCGCGCAGCCGGUCACGCAAAAGAAGCCCUUUCGUAUACCCUUCAAGGUUCGGCUCGACCUCCGAUACACAGAAAGGCUGCAGCUGCCGGUGAAGGUGGAGGCCAUCGCCCUGCCAGAGAGCAGUGUUGAGCAUCUUGCCAAGCAGCAGGGGGAGGGAGCACUGGUGCCCACACAACUGACGCAGCAAAACGAGUUGGAGAAUGCAACGAUAAGUUGCUGUAUACAGACACACGACAACGAUGGCGUAGCAUCUUGUGAGAAGCGUUGCUUCGAGGACCUGGAAUUCACUGAUCUCCGUUUCUCCAAGUCUUCCAGAAUGAGUCGGCGAUGGAUAUUGUUUGCCUGCAGGCUGGGUUGGGACAUGCUGUAUGCACUGUAUCGUCUGCCAACUAUUGUCCUAUCCAGGAGAACAGACCAAUUCGACAAGGCCUGUGUGCUUUUGAGGCAGAAGAACAUCGUAGGCAGCAUGGUCAACAGCCACCAAUUGCAAAGUCCCAGGGCUGCAGGCUGUCCAGUUCUGAAGGAUUUGGAGCCAGGGACACCCUGCAUAGGGAUUGGUGAUACCAUAGGCACACCUACAAGUGACCAGCUCAAGGUUGGUUCGAUGGCUAUCUACAAUAGUCAAGGGAGCAUCCGGCAGUUCAUCCGUGCCAAGUACGCAGAGUCAGGUCUGAGGCGCCCUUUGACAGACUCUGACCUUGCUGCCCUGGACUUCAAGGCUGGCCUGCGCAACACGGACUCAGGUUUUUUUGCUGAUGCCCACAAGUGGCAAGAAUUCCAAACUUGGUUUGUUGCCUGCCUGAAGUCCUUGAAGAUGGUCGAGCACCUUUGGUGCCCCCAAGGUCUGAUGCUCAUCUGCCCGUUUGGUAUCGACCGAGAGGUCGCGGAGUACAUCCUGCAGGACAGACCCCUUGGGACAUUCGUUGUGCGGAUAAGCUCCCAGCCUGGUGCCUUGGCGAUCUCCACAAAGAUCAAUGUGGGUGGCCUCUCUAAGGUAAACCACGUCCUUGUUGAUGCCCUGGACCUCAAGGCUCAGCUGCUGGAGAAUUGGGUGCUCAGCAACGAGUGGGCAAAGAAUCUGUUGGACAUCCACACGGGGGAGUACACAUCAAAGUGGGUAGCGUUUGCACCGCAGGCGCUGACCUCAGGAAGCAGUUUUGUCAACCUGGCAUGUAUGAUUGCCGCUGGCUUCAAGGACUGCUGGUGGGCGUACUGGAAGUGUUUUGAGUAUGGUAGGGGCAUGUUGGAGUGA